GUCUGGCCCUUCUCACCUGUGGCCUCCUCCCCCCAUCCCCCACUCCCCAGCAGGUCAGCUCAGUAUGUCGGUCAGCGUCCACGAGACUCGCAAGUCGCGGAGCAGCACGGGCUCCAUGAACAUCACGCUGUUCCACAAGGCCUCGCACCCCGACUGCGUGCUGGCCCACCUCAACACGCUGCGCAAGCACUGCAUGUUCACCGACGUCACGCUCUGGGCGGGCGACCGCGCCUUCCCCUGCCACCGCGCCGUGCUGGCCGCCUCCAGCCGCUACUUUGAGGCCAUGUUCAGCCACGGCCUGCGGGAGAGCCGUGACGACACGGUCAACUUCCAGGACAACCUGCAUCCCGAGGUGCUGGAGCUGCUGCUGGACUUCGCCUACUCGUCCCGUAUCGUCAUCAACGAGGAGAACGCAGAGUCGCUGCUGGAGGCGGGCGACAUGCUGCAGUUCCACGAUGUGCGCGACGCGGCCGCCGAGUUCCUGGAGAAGAACCUGUUCCCGUCCAACUGUCUGGGCAUGAUGCUGCUGUCCGACGCCCACCAGUGCCGCCGGCUCUAUGAGUUCUCCUGGCGCAUGUGCCUGGUGCACUUCGAGACUGUGCGCCAGAGCGAGGACUUCAACAGCCUGUCCAAGGACACCCUGCUGGACCUCAUCUCCAGCGACGAGCUGGAGGCGGAGGAUGAGCGUGUGGUCUUCGAGGCCAUCCUCCAGUGGGUCAAGCAUGACCCGGAGCAGCGCAAGGCGCACCUGCCUGAGCUCCUGCGUGGUGUGCGGCUGGCCCUGCUGCCGUCCGACUGCCUGACGGAGGCCGUGUCCGGCGAGGCCCUGCUCAUGGCUGAUGAGCGCACCCGGCUCAUCGUGGACGAGGCGCUGCGCUGUAAGACACGGAUCCUGCAGAACGACGGCGUGGUCACCAGCCCCUGCGCCCGGCCGCGCAAGGCCGGCCACACGCUGCUCAUCCUGGGCGGCCAGACCUUCAUGUGUGACAAGAUCUACCAGGUGGACCACAAGGCCAAGGAGAUCAUCCCCAAGGCAGACCUGCCCAGCCCCCGCAAGGAGUUCAGUGCCUCAGCCAUCGGCUGCAAGGUCUAUGUGACAGGGGGCCGGGGCUCCGAGAACGGGGUCUCCAAGGACGUGUGGGUGUACAACACCGUCCACGAGGAGUGGUCCAAGGCAGCGCCUAUGCUGAUCGCCCGCUUCGGCCACGGCUCAGCCGAACUGGAGAACUGCCUCUACGUGGUCGGGGGUCACACGUCCCUGGCUGGCGUCUUCCCAGCCUCCCCAUCUGUCUCCCUGAAGCAGGUGGAGAAGUACGACCCCGGGGCCAACAAGUGGACGAUGGUGGCCCCGCUGAGAGAUGGCGUCAGCAACGCCGCUGUCGUGAGCGCCAAGCUGAAGCUCUUUGUGUUCGGGGGGACCAGCAUCCACCGGGACAUGGUGUCCAAAGUCCAGUGCUAUGACCCCUCGGAGAACCGGUGGACAAUCAAGGCUGAGUGUCCCCAGCCCUGGCGGUACACCGCCGCCGCCGUGCUGGGCAGCCAGAUCUUCAUCAUGGGAGGUGACACGGAAUUCACGGCUGCCUCAGCCUACCGCUUCGACUGCGAGACCAACCAGUGGACUCGGAUUGGGGACAUGACAGCCAAACGCAUGUCCUGCCAUGCCCUGGCCUCGGGCAACAAGCUCUACGUGGUGGGGGGCUACUUUGGGACCCAGCGGUGUAAGACCCUGGACUGCUAUGACCCCACCUCGGACACGUGGAACUGCAUCACCACUGUGCCCUACUCGCUCAUCCCCACGGCCUUUGUCAGCACCUGGAAGCACCUGCCUGCGUGAGGAGCAACUGCAGGGCCCAGCCAGACUCUGCGUGUUUCUUCCCUCCCCAUGGCUCCAGCCCUCCUGUCCGAUGGUGGCCCUGACCCUGUCUGCCACAGUGGGAAGCUCAGUCUGGCCCUGGGCCAGCACUUUAAGUGGCCAGAAGCCGGUCCUUCCAGCCCUGAGCUUCAGAGAAGAGAAGUGUCUCCAGUGCCCUGUGUGUCCAGCUGAGGCCUUUCCUGCUUUGCAGUGGUUUGUGGGGGAGAGGACCUUCCAGUGGGGAAUGGACGGAUACCAGGACCCCCUCGGCCUCCAGGAGAAGGACAGAUUUGCCAAGCCUUGAGGUCACCUGUUUCAGCAAGUCCUGGAUGAAGGUGGGGGUGGCAGCACCGAUGGCAUGGCCUUUGGCUCAGGGCUUCUCUGUCAGUGUUGUAAUGUCUCCCCAUGGAGGAUGGCUCAGGCUUCUGCGAAAUGGGUGCACCAGGGCUGAGAGCAGAAAAGGUGCUGUGGAGAAAGUCUACACAUGAAGGGAGGGAACCCUUCUGUGACCUCAGUGAUGGCCACAGGCUUCAUUAGCAAACUGACACCCAGGCCCGAGAGUCGGGCCUUGCCUCCAGUGACCUCACCACCUCCUGGUCACACCAGCACACCCCAGGAUGCUGUGCCCAGAUAGAGACACCAGUGCACAUGGUGGUCCCCAGUGACACAUUCUGUCAAAUGAGGGGUGUCCUUGGGGCUGCCCCAUCACCUCCCCUCAGAGCCCAGCCAAGAGGCAGCAAUGACCCCAUCUCCUCACAAGACCGCAUUGGCCCGAGGAUGGGACCCUCCCCUCCAAGACCAGGAGCAGAUCUGAGCUGGGGUGUGUAGAUGGGUCUCCAGGGCACCCACCAUAGAUCCCACCAGGUCCAGCCUCAUCUCACCUUGGAGGAUGACAGCAAGGCCCAUGAUGACAGUUCCCCAACCAGUGCCCCCUGUCCUGUGGCCUUUAGGUCUUCAGCUGGUAACUGGAUCUAACCCUUUUGCCCCCUGAGCUCAAAAAUAAGUUUGGUCCCAAGAGAAUAGCUUUUCCCACCUACCAAGUCACUGGGUCCCUCCGUGAUACAUCCUCAGCAUCUGGGGUUGUGGAGAGGUUGGUGCCUGCCAGCAGCCUUCCUCAUACCUAAUGUUAAGGCUGGUCCUUCAUUGGCCUCAGUGCUUUGUUGGACAGGACAAGGCUUUUGGUGCCUGGGCUAAAACCUGUGACUUCCCAGGCUGGCUGCCAUAUGCAGUGAUGCAGAAUUGGGCUUCAACAUGGACUUAACUGUUGAUGAGGCCAGCUGCUUUCCAUAAUUGGGCUCUGCUCCUUAUAGCGCCUCCAUGCUGGUGCUCUUCCUGUGGGCAUCUCCUGGGGCAUAGGAGCCUUUGGCCACAGGCUUCAUUAGCAAACUGACACCCAGGCCCGAGAGUGGGUGGCUGGCAUCACCCAUGGAUGAGCAUCAGCCAUAGGCCAUCAGCAUCUACUUGGGAAAAAGCAGAAGGUGCAUUUCCAGGUUAUUGGGACCUCACCUAUAUCAGAGGCCAGCCUCUGGCUUUCAGUGCAUUGUUUCAACCACCCAGAGGCCAGGUGAGUGUCCGAGGAAACGGCUCUGCCUGAGAAGUCAGGGAGGCCCUGGGGCUGGUGUCAGAAGCUACAGGGCUGAGGUAGGGAAGCAGCAUCUCUCGGUCCAGAGCUCACCCUGCCUGAGGGCUUCUGUGGCCUGUUGGAUUGUUGGGCUGAGAUAAGCACCCAUCUCACAGCAUAAAGGACCUUGCAGUGGUGCUUUCCCUAGAAGUUGUGUUGCUUUUGUCUGUUUCUAACUUAAUAAAAGAGUUGAGAAAAAUCUUG